AUGCGGAAUCUCGUUUCCGGCUUGCGGGAAGAGAUCUCCCUCGCCGCCGAAAGGAGGAAGCAGGAAGAGGAAGCGGAAAAAGCGGCGGCCGAGAAGGCGAAAAACGAGAAAGACGAGAAAACGCCCAGCAGCCAGGAUCCGGAAAAAGAUCCCGUUCCGGAAAGUUCCGGAAAAUCCCGGAAAAACGGUGCGUUUUUGAUAUAAUGAUCUUUCCGUUCGCUUUUUGAGAUUCUGUUGUGGUGGAAUAAUAAUACACACACACACACAAUACAAUAUUAUAAUAAAAUAUUAUUAUAAUAAUAUAUUAUGAUAACAAUAAUUCCACCACAAAAUUAAUAAUACACAAUAAUAUUAUUCAUUUUGUGGUGGAAUAAUAAUACACACACACAAUAAUAAUUAUUAUUAUUAUUAUUAUUAUAUUUAUUGUUGUGUGGUGGAGUUGUUAUUAUUAUUAAUAAUAAUUUUGUGGUGGAAUUCUCAUUAUUUAUUUUUUUAUUUUUACAAUUUAAUUGCAGUUUUUAUUUACAACGUAACAUUAUUAUUAUUUUGUGGUGGAAUUCUUAUUAUUUAGUUUGUGGUGGAAUUCAUAUUAUUAUUAUUUAUUUUCUGGUGCAAUUAUUCUUAUUAGUAUUAUUUAUUUUGUGGCGCAAUUAUUAUUAUUUAUUUUUAUAAUUUAAUUGCAGUUUUUAUUUACAACAUAACAUUAUUAUUAUUUUGUGGUGGAAAUCUUAUUAUUAUUUAUUUUGUGGUGGAAAUCUUAUUAUUAUUUAGUUUGUGGUGGUAAUCUUAUUAUUAUUUAGUUUGUGGUGGAAUUCAUAUUAUUAUUAUUUAUUUUCUGGUGCAAUUAUUCUUAUUAUUAUUUAUUUUGUGAUGUAAUUAUUGUUGUUAUUUAUUUUUAUAAUUUAAUUGCAGUUUUUAUUUACAACAUAACAUUAUUAUUAUUUUGUGGUGGAAUUCUUAUUCUUAUUAUUUAUUUUGUGGUGGAAAUCUUAUUAUUAUUUAUUUUGUGGUGGAAAUCUUAUUAUUAUUUAGUUUGUGGUGGAAUUCAUAUUAUUAUUAUUUAUUUUCUGGUGCAAUUAUUCUUAUUAUUAUUUAUUUUGUGGCGCAAUUAUUGUUGUUAUUUAUUUUUAUAAUUUAAUUGCAGUUUUUAUUUACAACAUAACAUUAUUAUUAUUUUGUGGUGGAAUUCUUAUUCUUAUUAUUUAGUUUGUGGUGGAAAUCUUAUUAUUAUUUAUUUUGUGGUGGAAUUCAUAUUAUUAUUAUUUAUUUUGUGGUGCAAUUAUUCUUAUUAUUGUUAUUUAUUUUGUGGCGCAAUUAUUGUUAUUAUUUAUUUUUAUAAUUUAAUUGAUUUUUUUAUUUACAACAUAACAUUACUAUUGUUAUUAUUUAUUUUUAUAAUUUAAUUGAUUUUUUUAUUUACAACAUAGCAUUACUAUUGUUGUUUUGUUAUUAUUAUUAUUAUUAUUAUUAUUAUUAUUAUUAUUAUUCUAUUGCUUAUUAUAUUUUAUUUUAUUCUGGGAAUGAUUUCUUCUUAUCCCCAUUUCGGACACCGAUAAAACCCAUUUUUGGUAGCGAUAGAAGUAAUAAUAAUAAUAAUAAUAUUUAUUAUUAUUAUUAUUAUUGUUAUUGUUGUUGUUAUUAUUACUACUCUAUGAUUUAUUAUUUAUUAUUUUAUGCUGGGAAUGAUUUCUAAUUAUCACCAUUUCGGACUCUGAUAGAUCUGUUGUCCUUCUAAAUCCUGUUUUUGGUUGCAAUAUUAUUAUUAUUAUUAUAAUUAUUAUUAUUAACAAUAUUCUAUUAUUUAUGAUUAUUUAUUAUUUCAUACUGGGAAUUAUUUCUGAUUAUCCCAGUUUCGGACACUGAUAGAUCUGUCGACCUUCUAAAUCUCGUUUUCAGUUGUAAUAGAAAUAAUAAUAAUAGUAUUUAAUAUAUAAUAUAUAAUAAUUUAUAAUACUAAAUAAUAACAAUAACAAUAAUAAUAAUAAUUAGCUGAAAUAAGAAUAAUUGUGUAUUAUUUGUUGUUAUUAAUUUUGUAGGCCAUUUUCAGUCCUGGAGAUCAGUUUCAGUGAAAUAUAUCCAAAUAAAUAUAAAUAUAAUCUCUCUCUCUAGAUAUAAUUUAUAUUUAUACUAUAUAUCAAAAUAAAUAUAAAUAUAACUCUCUUAUAAUUUAUAUUUACGUUUAAAUAUAAAUAUAAUUAUUCAUAUAUAUAUAUAUAUAUGUAUAUAUAUAUAUACACACAAUAUAUAUAUCAUAUUUAUUUUUAAAUGUAAAUAUAAUUAUUCAUCCUUAUAAUCUAUAUAUAUAUAUAUAUAUAUAUAUAUAUAUAUAUAUAUACACACACACACACACACACAAUAUAUAGAUAUCAUAUUUAUAUUUAUUUUUAAAUUUAAAUAUAAAUAUUAAUCUUUAUUAUAUAUAUAUAUAUAUAUAUAUAUAUAUAUAUAUAUAUACAUACACACAAUAUAUAUAUCAUAUUUAUAUUUAUUUUUAAAUAUAAAUAUAAUUAUUCAUCUUUAUAAUCUAUCUAUUUUUAUAUAUAUAUAUUUAUAUACAAUAUAUAUAUAUCAUAUUUAUAUUUAUUUUUAAAUGUAAAUAUAAUUAUUCAUCUUUAUAAUCUAUCUAUCUAUCUACCUACUUAUCUAUCUAUAUUUAUAUACAAUAUAUAUAUAUAUCAUAUUUAUAUUUAUUUUUAAAUGUAAAUAUAAUUAUUCAUCUUUAUAAGCCGCUUUCAGUCCUGGAGAUCAGUGAAAUAUAUCAAAAUAAAGGCAAAUAGAAACAGAAAUCCAUCGUCUUUUUUAGGGCUCCAGCUCAAGUCCGACGAAAAGACCCUCCAGUGGUACCAGCAGCUCCAGGACCAGUUGGACCAGUGUGUGGAUUCCUUUGCCGGCCUGGCCAAUAGCAAAGACCGCCAGGUAGCCCCUCCCCCAACCUUGGGGGUCGCCCGCCAGAUCCCCAGGCGGUUUCCUGGAUCCCUGGAUGGUUUCCCGGAUCCCCGUAUGAGUCCCUGGAUCCUUGGACCAUUCCCUGGGUCCUUUUAGGAGUCCCUGGAUCCCUCUAUGGUUCCCCGGAUCCUCGGAUGAUUCCCUGGAUCCCUGGAUGAGUCCCCGGAUCCUUGGAUGGUUCCCUGGAUCCCCAUGCGAGUCCCUGGAUCCCUCUGCGAUUCCCCGGGUCCUUGGAUGAUUCCCCGGGUCCUUUGAGGAGUCCCUGGAUCCCCAUACAAGUCCCCGGAUCAUUGGACGGUUUCCCGGAUCCCUGUAUGAGUCCCUGGAUCCCUCUACGAUUCCUCGGAUGCUCAGACGAGUCCCCGGAUCCUCGAACCAUUCCCCAGAUCCUUUUAUGAGUCCCUGGAUCCCUCUAUGAUUCCCCAGAUCCUUGGACGAUUCCCCGGAUCCUUUUAGGAGUCCCUGGAUCCCCAGGCGAUUCCCCCCGGAUCCCUGGAGGGUUUGCUGGAUCCCGGUAUGAGUCCCUGGAUCCUUUUAUGAGUCCCUGGAUCCCUCUAUGGUUCCCCAGAUCCUCGGAUGAUUCCCUGGAUCCCUGGAUGAGUCCCUGGAUCCCACUAUGAUUCCCCAGAUCCUCAGACUGUUCCCUGGAUCCCUGGAUGAGUCCCUGGAUCUUAGGAUGGUUCCCUGGAUCCCCAUGCGAGUCCCUGGAUCCCUCUGUGAUUCCACGGAUCCUUGGACCAUUCCCCGGGUCCUUUGAGGAGUCCCUGGAUCCCCAUACAAGUCCCCGGAUCAUUGGACGGUUUCCCGGAUCCCUGUAUGAGUCCCUGGAUCCCUCUACGAUUCCCCGGAUCCUUGGAUGAUUCCCUGGAUCCCUGGACGGGUCCCCGGAUCCUCGGAUGAUUCCGCAGAUCCCCGGACGAGUCCCUGGAUCUUAGGAUGAUUCCCCGGAUCCCUGUAUGAGUCCCUGGAUCCCUCUACGAUUCCCCGGAUCCUUGGAUGGUUCACUGGAUCCCUGGACGGGUCCCCGGAUCCUCGGAUGAUUCCGCAGAUCCCCGGACGAGUCCCUGGAUCUUAGGAUGAUUCCCCGGAUCCCUGGAUGAGUCCCUGGGUCCCUCUAUGAUUUCCCGGAUACUUGGAUGAUUCCCUGGAUCCUUUUAGGAGUCCCUGGAUCCCCAUACGAGUCCCUAGAUUAUUGGACGGUUUCCCAGAUUCCUGUAUGAGCCCCUGGAUCCCUCUGUGAUUCCCCAGAUCCCUGGACAAUUCCCCGGAUCCCUGGACGAGUCCCCGGAUCCUUCUAUGAUCCCCCAGAUCCCUGUACAAAUCUGGAUCCUCAGACCAUUCCCCCAGAUCCUUGGACAAUUCCCUGGAUCCCUGUACAAGUCCCUGGAUCCCCGUACGAGUCCCUGGAUCCUGGGAAGGUGCCCCGGAUCCCCGUACAAGUCCCUGGAUCUUAAGAUGAUUCCUCGGAUCCCUCUAUGAUUCCCCAGAUCCCCGUACGAGUCCCUGAAUCCACGGACAAUUCCCAGAUCCCUGGACGAGUACCUGGGUCCCUUUAUGAUUCCCCGGAUCCCCGUCCAAGUCCCGGGAUCCUUGGACGAUUCCCCAGAUCCUCAGACAAUUCCCCGGCUCUCCAUACGAGUCCCAGGAUCCUCAGACCAUUCACCAGAUCCCCGUACGAGUCCCCAGAUCCUUGGACCAUUCACCAGAUCCCCGUACGAUUCCCCAGAUCCUCGGACCAUUCCCCAGAUCACUGUACGAGUCCCCGGAUUCCCGUCCAAGUCCCCAGAUCCUCAGACAAUUCCCAGAUCUCCCUACAAGUCCCUGGAUCCUCGGACGAUUCCCCGGAUCCCCGGAUGAGUCCCUGGAUCCCUCUAUAAUUCCCUGGAUCCCCGGACGAGUCUCCCGACCCGAAUCCCGGGAACGGGAGGGAGAUCCCAAAACGCCAGUGAUCCUUUUCCUCUUCCACCCCCCUUUUCCAGGAAAAGAAGAUCAAGAUGGAUCUCCAGAAAGCCGUCACCACUCCUGUCAGUCAAAUCUCGACCAGAGCAGGUCAGCUGUUUCCUUUCCGACUUCCUUUUCCUCCACUUCCUUCUCCCUUUUCCUCCACUUCUUCCUUUUCCGACUUCCCAAUUUUUCCUCCACUUCCUCCUUCCUUUUCCUCCCUCCUUUUCCUUCACUUCCUCCUUCCUUUCCCAUCACUUCCUCCUUCCUUUUGCUCCACUUCCUCCUUUCCCUCCGCUUCCUCCCUUUCCUCCACUUCCUCCUUUUACUCCACUUCCUCUCUCCUUCCUUUCCCUCCACUUCUUCCUUUUCCUCCACUUUCUCCCUCCUUCCUUUUCCUCCACUUCCUCCUUCCUUUCCCCUCCACUUCCUUUCCCUUCUUCCCCAUUUUUCCUCCACUUCCUCUCCCCUUUUCCUGUUUCCUGUUUCCCAGUUUUCCCUCCACUUUCUCCUUCCUGUUCCUUCUGCUGAAUUUUCCUUCCUCUUCCUCCUCCCUUCAUCCCUUUUUCCUGUUUCCCAAUUUCCCUUCCUCUUCCCUUUUCCUUCUUCCCAAUUUUUCCUGCGCUGCCUUUUCCUUUCUCCAAUUCCACUUCCUCCCUCAAUCCCUUUUUCCAACUUCCACUUUUCCAAAACCUUCCACUUCCACUUCCUGUUUCCCAAUUUCCCUUCCUCUUCCCUUUUCCUUCUUCCCAAUUUUUCCUGCGCUGCCUUUUCCUUUCUCCAAUUUUCCCUCCACUUCCUCAAUCCCUUUUCCCAACUUCCACUUCCUUUCCCCAAACCUGCCACUUCCACUUCCUGUUUCCCAACUUCCCGCUUCCUCUUCCUCCAGGAUCCCAGCUGAAGGAGAUCUUUGACAAGAUCCACGCCUUACUCUCCGGGAAACCCGUCCGAUCCGGCGGACAAAGCGUUUCCAUUGCUUUACAUCCUUUUCCUCCUCUUUCCUCCUCCUUUUCCCCCCUUCUUCCCAAUUUUUCCUCCACUUUCUCUUCCCUUUUUCUUCUUCCCAAUUUUUCCUCCACUUUCUCCUCCCUUUUCCUGUUUCAUAAUUUUUCCUCCAUUUUCUCCUUUUUCCGACUUCCGAAAUCUUCUUCCACUUUCUCCUCCCUUUUCCUGUUUCCCAAUUUCCCCUCCAAUUCUUCCUUUUCCUGUUUCCCAAUUUUUCCUCCGUUUCCUCCUUUCCCCAUCUUCCCAAAUCUUUCUCUGCUUCUUCCCUUUUUCCAACUUCCCAAAUCUUCCACUUCCACUUCCUGUUUCCCAACUUCCCCGCCACUUCCUUUUCCAACUUCCCAAUGUUUCCUCCACUUCCUUUUCCAACUUCCUAAUUUUUCCUGUUUCCUCCUUUUUCCAACUUCCCAAAUCUUCCUCCACUUCCUCCUUUUUCCAACUUCCCAAGUCUUCCACUUCCUUUUCCUGUUUCCCCACUUCCACUUCCUGUUUCCCAAUUUCCCCUCCGCUUCCUCUUCCUCCAGGAUCCCAGCUGAAGGAGAUCUUUGACAAGAUCCACGCCUUACUCUCCGGGAAACCCCUCCGACCCUCCGCUUCCUCCUCCCUUGACCUUCUUCCUAAUUUCCCCUCCACUUCCUCUUUCCACUUCCUGUUUCCCAACUUCCUCUAAUUCCUCCGCUUCCUCUUUUCACUUCCUGUUUCCCAACUUCCUCUUCCUCUAAUUCCUUUCCUUCCACUUCCUCCUUCCUUUUCCUCCCUCCUUUUUCCUCCACUUCCUCCUUCCUUUUCCUCCACUUCCUCCUUCCUUUUCCUCCACCCUUCCUUUUCCUCCUUUUCCUCCACAUCUUUUUCUUCCACUUUCUCCUUCCUUUUCCUCCACUUUCUCCUUCCUUUUCCUCCAUUUCCUCCUUUCUUCCACCACUUCCUCCUUCCUUUCCCACCACUUCCUCCUUCCUUUUCCUCCACUUCCUCCUUUCGCUCCGCUUCCUCCCUUUCCUCCACUUCCUCCUUUUCCUCCACUUCCUCUCUCCUUCCUUUUCCUCCACUUCCUUCUUUCGCUCCGCUUCCUCCCUUUCCUCCACUUCCUCCUUUUCCUCCACUUCCUCCAUUUCCUCUCUCCUUCCUUUCCCUCCACUUCUUCCUUUUCCUCCACCCUUCCUUUUCCUCCUUUUCCUCCACAUCUUUUUCUUCCACUUUCUCCUUCCUUUUCCUCCACUUCCUCCUUCCUUUUCCUCCACUUCCUCCUUCCUUUUCCAACUUCCCAGUGUUUCCUCCAAUUCCUUUUCCGUCUUCCCUUUUUCUUCUUCUUCCUCUAAUUCCUCUCCUUCCUGCUUCCCAAAUCUUCCUCCACUUCCUCAUUUUUCCAACUUCCCAAAUCUUCCACUUCCUUUUCCUGUUUCCCCACUUCCACUUCCUGUUUCCCAAUUUCCCUUCCGGAAACCCGUCCGACCCUCCGCUUCCUCCUCCCUUUACCUUCUUCCUAAUUUCCCCUCCACUUCCUCUUUCCACUUCCUGUUUCCCAACUUCCUCUAAGUCCUCCGCUUCCUCUUCCUCCAGGAUCCCAGCUGAAGGAGAUCUUUGACAAGAUCCACGCCUUACUCUCCGGGAAACCCGUCCGACCCUCCGCUUCCUCCUCCCUUGACCUUCUUCCUAAUUUCCCCUCCGCUUCCUCUUUCCACUUCCUGUUUCCCAACUUCCCGCUUCCUCUUCCUCCAGGAUCCCAGCUGAAGGAGAUCUUUGACAAGAUCCACACCUUACUCUCCGGGAAACCCGUCCGACCCUCCGCUUCCUCCUCCCUUUACCUUCUUCCUAAUUUCCCCCCCACUUCCUUAUUCCAUUUCCUGUUUCCCAACUUCCUCUUCCUCUAAUUCCUUUCCUUCCUUCCUCCGGGAUCCCAGCUGAAGCAAAUAUUCCUGUUUCCCAAUUUCCCCUCCACUUCCUCCUUCCUUUUCUCCCUCCUUUUUCCACCACUUCCUCCUUCCUUUUCCUCCACCCUUCCUUUUCCUCCUUUUCCUCCACAUCUUUUUCUUCCACUUCCUCCUUCCUUUUCCUCCACUUCCUCCUUCCUUUUCCUCCACCCUUCCUUUUCCUCCUUUUCCUCCACUUCCUCCUUCCUUUUCCUCCACUUCCUCCUUCCUUUUCCUCCACCCUUCCUUUUCCUCCUUUUCUCCACCCUUCCUUUUCCUCCUUUUCCUCCACAUCUUUUUCUUCCACUUUCUCCUUCCUAUUUCUCCACUUUCUCCUUCCUUUUCCUCCACUUCCUCCUUCCUUUUCCUCCAUUUCCUCCUUCCUUCCACCACUUCCUCCUUCCUUUCCCACCACUUCCUCCUUCCUUUUCCUCCACUUCCUCCUUUCCCUCCGCUUCCUCCCUUUCCUCCACUUCAUUUCGCCUCCACUUCCUCUUUCCACUUCCUGUUUCCCAACUUCCUCUAAUUCCUCCGCUUCCUCUUCCUCCAAGAUCCCAGCUGAAGGAGAUCUUUGACAAGAUCCACGCCUUACUCUCCGGGAAACCCGUCCGACCCUCCGCUUCCUCCUCCCUUUACCUUCUUCCUAAUUUCCCCUCCACUUCCUCUUUCCUUUUCCUCCCUCCUUUUUCCUCCACUUCCUCCUUCCUUUUCCUCCACUUCCUCCUUCCUUCCACUACUUCCUUCUUCCUUUCCCACCACUUCCUCCUUCCUUUUCCUCCACUUCCUCCUUUCCCUCCGCUUCCUCCCUUUCCUCCACUUCCUCCUUUUCCUCCACUUCCUCUCUCCUUCCUUUUCCUCCACUUCCUCCUUCCUUUUCCUCCACUUCCUCCUUCCUUUUCCUCCCUCCUUUUUCCUCCACUUCUUCCUUCCUUUUCCUCCAUUUCCUCCUUCCUUCCACCACUUCCUCCUUCCUUUCCCACCACUUCCUCCUUCCUUUUCCUCCGCUUCCUCCCUUUCCUCCACUUCCUCCUUUUCCUCCACUUCCUCUCUCCUUCCUUUUCCUCCGCUUCCUCCUCCCUUGACCUUCUUCCUAAUUCCCCCUCCACUUCCUCUUUCCACUUUCUGUUUCCCAACUUCCCCUCCACUUCCUUUUCCAACUUCCCAAUGUUUCCUCCACUUCCUUUUCCGACUUCCUAAUUUUUCCUCAGUUUCCUCCUUUUUCCAACUUCCCAAAUCUUCCUCCACUUCCUCCUUUUUCCAACUUCCCAAAUCUUCCACUUCCUUUUCUCCACUUCCUCUUUCCACUUCCUGUUUCCCAACUUCCUCUAAUUCCUCCCCUUCCUCUUCCCCUUUCCUGUUUCCCAGUGUUUCCUCCAAUUCCUUUUCCUUCUUCCCUUUUCCCAACUUCCACUUCCUUUCCCAAAACCUGCCACUUCCACUUCCUGUUUCCCAACUUCCCGCUUCCUCUUCCUCCAGGAUCCCAGCUGAAGGAGAUCUUUGACAAGAUCCACGCCUUACUCUCCGGGAAACCCGUCCGAUCCUCCACUUCCUCCUUUUCCUCCACUUCCUCUCUCCUUCCUUUCCCUCCACUUUCUCCUUCCUUUCCCUCCACUUCCUCCUUCCUUUUCCUCCACUUCCUCCUUCCUUUUCCAACUUCCCAGUGUUUCCUCCAAUUCCUUUUCCUUCUUCCCUUUUCCCAACUUCCACUUCCUUUCCCAAAACCUGCCACUUCCACUUCCUGUUUCCCAACUUCCCGCUUCCUCUUCCUCCAGGAUCCCAGCUGAAGGAGAUCUUUGACAAGAUCCACGCCUUUCUCUCCGGGAAACCCGUCCGAUCCGGCGGGCAAGCGUUUCCAUUGCUUUACAUCCUUUUCCUCCUCUUUCCUCCUCCUCUUCCUCCCGACUUCCCAAUUUUCCCUCCGCUUCCUCCUUUUUCCCCCUUCCCAAUUUUUCCUCCACUUUCUCUUCCCUUUUUCUUCUUCCCAAUUUUUCCUCCACUUUCUCUUCCCUUUUUCUUCUUCCGAACUUCCCCUCCACUUCCUCUUUCCACUUCCUGUUUCCCAACUUCCCGCUUCCUCUUCCUCCAGGAUCCCAGCUGAAGGAGAUCUUUGACAAGAUCCACGCCUUACUCUCCGGGAAACCCGUCCGAUCCGGCGGGCAAAGCGUUUCCAUUGCUUUACAUCCUUUUCCUCCUCUUUCCUCCUCCUCUUCCUCCCGACUUCCCAAUUUUCCCUCCGCUUCCUCCUUUUUCCCCCUUCCCAAUUUUUCCUCCACUUUCUCUUCCCUUUUUCUUCUUCCCAAUUUUUCCUCCACUUUCUCCUCCCUUUUCCUGUUUCAUAAUUUUCCUCCGUUUUCUCCUUUUCCCGACUUCCGAAAUCUUCUUCCACUUCCUCCUCCCUUUUCCUGUUUCCCAAUUUCCCCUCCAAUUCUUCCUUUUCCUGUUUCCCAAUUUUUCCUCCGUUUCCUCCUUUCCCCAUCUUCCCAAAUCUUUCUCUGCUUCCUCCCUUUUUCCAACUUCCCAAAUCUUCCACUUCCACUUUCUGUUUCCCAACUUCCCCUCCACUUCCUUUUCCAACUUCCCAAUGUUUCCUCCACUUCCUUUUCCGACUUCCUAAUUUUUCCUCAGUUUCCUCCUUUUCCCAACUUCCCAAAUCUUCCUCCACUUCCUCCUUUUUCCAACUUCCCAAAUCUUCCACUUCCUUUUCCUGUUUCCCCACUUCCACUUCCUGUUUCCCAAUUUCCCCUCCACUUCCUCUUCCUCCAGGAUCCCAGCUGAAGGAGAUCUUUGACAAGAUCCACGCCUUACUCUCCAGGAAACCCGUCCGACCCUCUGCUUCCUAAUUUCCCCUCCACUUCCUCUUUCCACUUCCUGUUUCCCAACUUCCUCUAAUUCCUCCGCUUCCUCUUCCUCCAGGAUCUCAGCUGAAGGAGAUCUUUGACAAGAUCCACGCCUUACUCUCCGCGAAACCCGUCCGACCCUCCGCUUCCUAAUUUCCCCUCCACUUCCUCUUUCCACUUCCUGUUUCCCAACUUCCUCCUCCUCUAAUUCCUUUCCUUCCUUCCUUCCUCCAGGAUCCCAGCUGAAGCAAAUAUUCCUGUUUCCCAAUUUCCCCUCCACUUCCUCUUCCUUUUUCCAACUUCCCAAAUUUUCCACUUCCACUUCCUGUUUCCCAACUUCCUCUAAUUCCUCCGCUUCCUCUUCCUCCAGGAUCCCAGCUGAAGGAGAUCUUUGACAAGAUCCACGCCUUACUCUCCAGGAAACCCGUCCGACCCUCUGCUUCCUAAUUUCCCCUCCACUUCCUCUUUCCACUUCCUGUUUCCCAACCUCCUAAUUCCUCCGCUUCCUCUUCCUCCAGGAUCUCAGCUGAAGGAGAUCUUUGACAAGAUCCACGCCUUACUCUCCGGGAAACCCGUCCGAUCCGGCGGCCAAAGCGUUUCCGUCGCUCUCCACCCGGAAGCCCUCAACUUUUCCUACUACAAACUGGCGGAAAAAUUUGUGGUAAGAGAAUUUUUGGGGAAAUUUCCCCCCAAUAUUUCGAUUUCCCCCCGAAUUUAUUUGCAGAAUUGAAUUGGAUUGAAUUGAAUUGGAUUGAAUUAAAAUAAAGUAAAAAUUAAAUUGGAUUGGAUUGAAUUAGAAUAAAGUAAAAAUUAAAUUGGAUUAAAUUUGAUUGAAUUAAAUUGAAUUAAAUUUGAUUGAAUUGAAUUGAAUUAAAAUAAAGUAAAAAUUAAAUUGGAUUGAAUUGAAUGGAAUUAAAAUAAAUUAAGUUGAAUUAAAUUGGAUUGGAUUGAAUUGAACUGAAUUAAAAUAAAGUAAAAAUUAAAUUGAAUGAAAUUGGAUUGGAUUGAAUGGAAUUGAAAUAAAGUAAAAAUUAAAUUGAAUUAAAUUGGAUUGAAUUAAAAUAAAGUAAAAAUUAAAUUGAAUGAAAUGGGAUUGGAUUGAAUUGAAUGGAAUGGAAUUAAAAUAAAGUAAAAAUUAAAUUGAAUUACAUUGGAUUGGAUUGAAUUGAAUUAAAAUAAAGUAAAAAUUAAAUUGGAUUAAAUUGGAUUGGAUUGAAUUGAAUUAAAAUAAAGUAAAAAUUAAAUUGAAUGAAAUUGGAUUGAAUUAAAUUAAAAUAAAUUAAAAAUUAAAUUGAAUUAAAUUAAAAUAAAUUAAAAAUUAAAUUGAAUUAAAAAUUAAAUUAAAUUAAAUUAAAAAUUAAAAUAAAUUAAAAUAAAUUGAAUGAAAGUAAAUGAAAUGGAAUUCAAAAUGAAACGAAAUGAAAUUCAAAAAUGAAAUGAAAUGAAAUUGAAAUAAAUUGAAUUAAAGUAGAUGAAAUUAAAAAUGAAAUUAAAUUGAAUUAGAAAUUAAAGUAAAUGAAAUGAAAUUAAAAAUGAAAUGAAAUGAAAUUCAAAAAUGAAAUGAAAUUCAAAUAAAUUGAGAGAUUUUUUGGGGACAUUUUCCCCCAAAUAUUUUGAUUUCCCCCCGAAUUUAUUUGCAGAAUUAAAUUGAAUGAAAUUGGAUUGAAUUGCAUUGAAUUAAAUUAAAAAUUAAAUUAAAAUUAAAAAAUAAAUUGAAUUAAAUUGAAUUAAAUUAAAAAUUAAAUUAAAUUAAAAAAUUAAAUUAAAAAUUAAAUUAAAUUAAAUUAUAAAUUAAAAUAAAUUGAUUUAAAGUAAAUGUAAUGAAAUUCAAAAAUGAAAUGAAAUGAAAUUAAAAAUACGAAAUGAAAUUGAAAUAAAUUGAAUUAAAGUAAAUGAAAUUCAAAACGAAAUGAAAUUGAAUUAAAAAUUAAAGUAAAUGGAAUUAAAAAUGAAAUGAAAUUCAAAAAUGAAAUGAAAUUGAAAUAAAUGGAAUUAAAGUAAAUGAAAUUAAAAAUGAAAUGAAAUCGAAUUAAAAACUAAAGUAAAUGCAAGGAAAUUAAAAAUGAAAUGAAAUGAAAUUCAAAAAUGAAAUGAAAUUGAAAUAAAUGGAAUUAAAGUAAAUGAAAUUAAAAAUGAAAUUGAAUUGAAUUAAAAAUUAAAGUAAAUGAAAUAGUAGUAGUAGUAAUAGUAAUAUCAAUAAUAGUAAUAGUAGUAGUAAUAACAACAAUAUCAACAACUAUUAUUAUUGAUAUUACUAUUACUACUACUACUACUAUUAUUAUAAUUGAUAUUAUUACGACUACUACUACUUUUAUUAUUACUACUGUUAUUGCUAUUGUUAUUAUUACUAUUAUUGAUAUUGUUAUUGCUACUACUAUUAUUACUACUACUACUAUUAGUAUUAUUACGACUACUAUUAUUAUUGAUAUUACUAUUACUACUAUUAUUAUUAUUAUUAUUACGACUACUACUAUUAUUAUUACUACUAUUAUUGAUAUUGUUAUUAUUACUAUGAUUGAUAUUGUUAUUGCUACUAUUAUUACUACUACUACUAUUGGUAUUAUUACGACUACUAUUAUUAUUGAUAUUACUAUUACUACUAUUAUUAUUAUUGAUAUUAUUACAACUACUAUUAUUUUUACUAAUAUUGAUAUUGUUAUUAUUACUAUUAUUGAUAUUGUUAUUGUUGAUAUUGUUAUUAUUACUGCUACUAUUAUUUCUAUUAUUACUAUUAUUACUACUAUUAUUAUUUCUGAUAUUAUUAUUAUUAUUAUUAUUACUACUACCAUUAUUAUUUCUGAUAUUGUUGUUGUUGAUAUUGUUGAUAUUGUUAUUGUUGAUAUUGUUGUUAUUAUUACUACUACUAUUAUUAUUUCUGAAGUUUGUUGUUGUUAUUACUAUUAUUAUUUCUAUUAUUAUUUCUAUUAUUACUACUAUUAUUAUUUCUGAUACUAUUAUUAUUAUUACUACUACUACUAUUUCUGAUAUUGUUGUUGUUACUAUUAUUAUUACUAUUAUUACUAUUAUUACUACUAUUAUUAUUUCUGAUACUAUUAUUAUUAUUAUUACUACUACUACUAUUUCUGAUAUUGUUGUUGUUACUAUUAUUAUUACUAUUAUUACUAUUAUUACUACUAUUAUUAUUUCUGAUACUAUUAUUAUUAUUACUACUACUACUAUUUCUGAUAUUGUUGUUGUUACUAUUAUUAUUACUAUUAUUACUAUUAUUACUACUAUUAUUAUUUUUGAUACUAUUAUUAUUAUUACUAUUAUUACUACUACUAUUAUUAUUUCUGAUACUAUUAUUAUUACUACUACUACUAUUAUUAUUAUUUCUGAUACUAUUAUUAUUCUUCUUACUAUUAUUACUACUACUACUAUUUCUGAUAUUGUUGUUGUUAUUACUACUACUAUUAUUUCUAUUAAUACUAUUACUACUAUUAUUAUUUCUGAUAUUAUUAUUAUUAUUACUACUAUUAUUAUUUCUGAUAUUGUUGUUGUUGUUGUUGUUAUUACUAUUAUUAUUACUAUUAUUAUUACUAUUAUUACUCUUUCCCCAGAAACAAGGAGAGGAGGAGGUGGCCUCCCACCACCAGGCCGCCUUCCCCAUCGCCGUGGUGGCUUCUGGGAUCUGGGAGCUCCACCCCCCGGUCGGCCACUUCCUGUUGGCCCACCUCCACAGGAAGUGCCCCUACGCCGCCCCCCUGCGGCCGGGGGUCCCGGAGGGGGCGUCGCCCGAGGAGGGGCGGAGGUGAGUGGUUAUUAAUUAACGGUUGUUCAUUAUUAUUCGUACCAACGCAUUGUUAUUAGGAAUAAUGAGUUAUGAUGAUGAAGUAGUUGUUAAUCAUUAUUAGUAUUAAUUAUUAAUUGUUAUUAUGAAUAGUUGUUCGUGUUAUUUUUAUUGUUUAUUAUUAUUAUUAUUAUUUAUUAUUAUUGUUAAUAUUAUUAUUAUUAAUUGUUGGUAGAUGGAUAGAUUGGUUGGUUGAUUGACGGAUGGAUGGAUUGAUGGAUUGAUUGGUUGAUUGAUUGAUUGAUUGAUGGAUGGAUGGAUGGAUAAAUUGAGAUGGAUGGAUGGAGGGUUGAUGGAUGGAUGGAUGGGUUGAUUGAUUGAUUGAUUGAUUGAUUGAUGCAUAGAUUGGUGGAUGGAUUGAUGGAUUGAUUGAUUGAUGGAUUGAUUGAUGGGUUGAUUGAUUGAUUGAUUGAUUGAUGGAUGGGUUAGAUGAAUGGACGGGUUGAUGGAUAAAUUGAGGUGGAUUGAUGGAUUGAUUGAUGGAUGGCGGAUGAAUAUAUGGAUAGAUAGAUAGAUAGAUAGAUAGAUAGAUAGAUAGAUAGAUUCAUGGGUUGAUUGAUGGAUAGAUGGAUGGAUGGACGGAUUGAUUGAUUGAUUGACUGACUGACUGACUGAUGGAUGGAUGGAUGGAUAGAUAGAUGCAUAGAUUGAGAUGGAUGGAUGGAUGGAUCAGUUGGUGGAUGGAUGGAUGGAUGGAUUGAUUGAUUGAUGGAUUGAUUGAUUGAUUAAUUGAUUGAUGGACGGAUAGAUGGAUAAAUUGAGAUGGAUGGGUUGAUUGAUUGAUUGAUUGAUUGAUGGAUAGAUUGGUGGAUGGAUAGAUAGAUAGAUAGAUUGAUUGAUGGGUUAGAUGAAUGGACGGGUUGAUGGAUAAAUUGAGGUGGAUUGAUGGAUUGAUUGAUGGAUUGGAAGGAUGAAGGAGUUGGUUGAUAGAUAGAUAGAUAGAUAGAUUGACGGAUGGAUUGAUUGAUUGAUGGAUGGACGGAUGGAUGGAUGGAUGGAUGGAUUGAUUGAUUGAUGGAUAGAUGGAUUGAUUGAUUGACUGAUGGAUAGAUGGAUAAAUUGAGAGAUGGAUGGAUUGAUUGAUUGACUGAUGGGAUGGAUAAAUUGAGAGAUGGAUGGAUUGAUUGAUUGACUGAUGGAUGGAUUGAUUGACUGAUGGAUGGAUGGAUGGAUAAAUUGAGAGAUGGAUUGAUUGAUUGAUUGAUUGAUUGACGGAUGGAUGGAUUGAUUGAUUGACUGAUGGAUAGAUGGAUAAAUUGAGAGAUGGAUGGAUGGAUUGAUUGAUUGAUUGAUUGAUUGAUUGAUGGAUUGGAAGGAUGAAGGAGUUGGUUGAUAGAUAGAUAGAUAGAUAGAUAGACGGAUGGAUGGAUGGAUGGAUAAAUUGAGAGAUGGAUGGAUGGAUUCAUUGAUUGAUUGAUUGAUGGAUAGAUGGAUAAAUUGAGAGAUGGAUGGAUUGAUUGAUUGAUUGAUAGAUAGAUGGGUAAAUUGAGAGAUGGAUUGAUUGAUUGAUUGAUUGAUGGAUGGAUGGAUAGAUGGGUUGAUUGAUUGAUUGAUUGAUUGAUUGAUGGAUGGAUGGAUGGAUAGAUGGAGAAAUUGAGAGAUGGAUGGAUUGAUUGAUUGACUGAUGGAUGGAUUGAUUGACUGAUGGAUGGAUGGAUGAAUUGAGAGAUGGAUUGAUUGAUUGAUUGAUUGAUUGAUUGACGGAUGGAUGGAUUGAUUGAUUGACUGACUGAUGGAUAGAUGGAUAAAUUGAGAGAUGGAUGGAUGGAUUGAUUGAUUGAUUGAUGGAUGGAUUGGAAGGAUGAAGGAGUUGGUUGAUAGAUAGAUAGAUAGAUAGAUAGACGGAUGGAUGGAUGGAUGGAUAAAUUGAGAGAUGGAUGGAUGGAUUCAUUGAUUGAUUGAUUGAUGGAUAGAUGGAUAAAUUGAGAGAUGGAUGGAUUGAUUGAUUGAUAGAUAGAUGGGUAAAUUGAGAGAUGGAUUGAUUGAUUGAUUGAUUGAUUGAUGGAUGGAUGGAUGGAUAGAUGGGUUGAUUGAUUGAUUGAUUGAUGGAUGGAUAGAUGGAGAAAUUGAGAGAUGGAUGGAUUGAUUGAUUGACUGAUGGAUGGAUUGAUUGACUGAUGGAUGGAUGGAUGGAUAAAUUGAGAGAUGGAUUGAUUGAUUGAUUGAUUGAUUGACGGAUGGAUGGAUUGAUUGAUUGACUGAUGGAUAGAUGGAUAAAUUGAGAGAUGGAUGGAUGGAUGGAUUGAUUGAUUGAUUGAUUGAUUGAUUGAUGGAUUGGAAGGAUGAAGGAGUUGGUUGAUAGAUAGAUAGAUAAAUAGAUAGACGGAUGGAUGGAUGGAUGGAUAAAUUGAGAGAUGGAUGGAUGGAUUCAUUGAUUGAUUGAUUGAUGGAUAGAUGGAUAAAUUGAGAGAUGGAUGGAUUGAUUGAUUGAUUGAUUGAUUGAUAGAUAGAUGGGUAAAUUGAGAGAUGGAUUGAUUGAUUGAUUGAUGGAUGGAUGGAUAGAUGGGUUGAUUGAUUGAUUGAUUGAUUGAUGGAUGGAUAGAUGGAGAAAUUGAGAGAUGGAUGGAUUGAUUGAUUGACUGAUGGAUGGAUUGAUUGACUGAUGGAUGGAUGGAUGGAUAAAUUGAGAGAUGGAUUGAUUGAUGGAUUGAUUGAUUGACGGAUGGAUGGAUUGAUUGACUGAUGGAUAGAUGGAUAAAUUGAGAGAUGGAUGGAUGGAUUGAUUGAUUGAUUGAUUGAUUGAUGGAUUGGAAGGAUGAAGGAGUUGGUUGAUAGAUAGAUAGAUCGAUAGAUAGACGGAUGGAUGGAUGGAUGGAUAAAUUGAGAGAUGGAUGGAUGGAUUCAUUGAUUGAUUGAUUGAUGGAUAGAUGGAUAAAUUGAGAGAUGGAUGGAUUGAUUGAUUGAUGGAUAGAUGGAUAAAUUGAGAGAUGGAUGGAUGGAUUGAUUGAUUGAUAGAUAGAUGGGUAAAUUGAGAGAUGGAUUGAUUGAUUGAUUGAUGGAUGGAUGGAUAGAUGGGUUGAUUGAUUGAUUGAUGGAUGGAUGGAUGGAUAGAUGGAGAAAUUGAGAGAUGGAUGGAUUGAUUGAUUGAUCGAUUGACGGACGGAUUGAUUGACACCCGCCUCCCCCUCCCGCCCCCAGGCUCCUGGGCUACCAAUCCCACGACUCGGCCCCGGAGCCCCAGGACAACUUCCUCAAGCGCAUGUCCGGAAUGAUCCGCCUCUACGCCGCCAUCUUGACGCUGCGCUGGCCCUACGGGGAGGGGCAGGGGGUGAGGCCUUCCGGAAAAUUCCGGGCUGGAGGGGGGGGGAGGAGGAAAAAGAAAUCCAUUGAUUCGAUAUUUAUUUGAUUUGAUUGUUCAUUUAUUUGAUUGAUUCGAUGUUAUCUUAUGUUAUUUUGAAUUUAUUUGAUUUAUUCUGUUAUGUUAUUUGAUUUUGAAUUUGUUUUAUUUAUUCUAUGUUAUGUUAUUUUUAAUUUGUUUUAUUCUAUGUUAUGUUAUUUGAUUUUGAAUUUGUUUUAAUUAUUCUAUGUUAUGUUAUUUUUAAUUUGUUUUAUUCUAUGUUAUGUUAUUUGAUUUUUAAUUUGUUUUAUUUAUUCUAUGUUAUGUUAUUUUUAAUUUGUUUUAUUCUAUGUUAUGUUAUUUGAUUUUUAAUUUGUUUUAUUUAUUCUAUGUUAUGUUAUUUUUAAUUUGUUUUAUUUAUUCUAUGUUAUGUUAUUUUUAAUUUAUUUGAUUUAGUCUGUUAUUCUACUUUUAUUUUAUUUUAUUUUAUUUUAUGUUAUUUAUUUUAUUUUGAAUUUAUUUGAUUUAUUCUAUGUUAUGUUAUUUUGAAUUUAAUUUGAUUUAUUCUAUGUUAUGUUAUUUCAUUUUUAAUUUGUUUUAUUUAUUCUAUGUUAUGUUAUUUUUAAUUUAUUUGAUUUAUUGUUAUGUUCUUUUAUUUUAUUUUAUUUAUUAUAUGUUAUUUUAUUUUGAAUUUAUUUGAUUUAUUCUAUGUUAUGUUAUUUUAUUUUGAAUUUAUUUGAUUUAUUCUAUGUUAUUUAUUUGAUUUUUAAUUUAUUUUGUUCUAUGGUAUUUAUUUUAUUUUGAAUUUAUUUGAUUUAUUCUAUGGUAUUUAUUUUAUUUUGAAUUUAUUUUAUUCUAUGUUAUGUUAUUUUAUUUUGAAUUUAUUUGAUUUAUUCUAUGUUAUUUAUUUGAUUUUUAAUUUAUUUGAUUUAUUCUAUUUUUAAUUUAUUUUAUUUAUUCAAUGUUAUGUUAUUUUAUUUUGAAUUUAUUUGAUUUAUUCUAUGUUAUGCUAUUUUAUUUUGAAUUUAUUUGAUUUAUUCUAUGUUACAUUAUGUUAUUUUGAAUUUAUUUGAUUUAUUCUGUUUUUUAUUUUAUUUUGAAUUUAUUUUAUUCUAUGUUAUGUUAUUUUAUUUGAUUUAUUCUGUUAUUUAUUUGAUUUUGAAUUUAUUUUAUUCUAUGUUAUUUAUUUUAUUUUGAAUUUAUUUGAUUUAUUCUAUGUUAGGUUAUUUUGAAUUUAUUUGAUUUAUUCUAUGUUAUUUAUUUUAUUUUGAAUUUAUUUGAUUUAUUCUAUGUUAGGUUAUUUUAUUUUGAAUUUAUUUGAUUUAUUCUAUGUUAUGUUAUUUGAUUUAUUCUACGUUAUUUAUUUUAUUUUGAAUUUAUUUUAUUCUAUGUUAUUUAUUUUAUUUUGAAUUUAUUUGAUUUAUUCUGUUAGGUGAUUUUAUUUUGAAUUUAUUUGAUUUAUUCUAUUAGGUUAUUUUAUUUUGAAUUUAUUUGAUUUAUUCUAUGUUAUGCUAUGUUAAACAUUUGGGUUCUCGUUUUAUUUCGGCCCCGUCUUCGAAUCUCGAUUCUUUCCCCCUCAUUUAAAUAUUUUAUUAUUCAAAUCGUUUGACAUGAAUAUUCGAUUAUUUCCCAGAACCACCCGCACGGACUCAACCAGGCCUGGCGCUGGUUGGCCCAGACUUUGAACUCGGAGCCAAUGGCCGACGUGACGGCCACCAUCCUCUUCGACUUCCUGGAGGUGGGACCCACUUCCUCUUUCCUAUUUCCUGUUUCCUGGAGGUGGGACCCAGGCAUCCAGAAGGGGAGGGGACUUCCUGUUUCCUGGAGGUGGGAUCUGGGAGGAGGGGAGGGGAUUUCCUGUUUUCCCUUCCUUGUUUCCUGUUUCCUGGAGGUGGGAUCUGGCGUCCGGGAGGGGGAGGGGAAUGGGGGAUUUCCUGUUUCCUGGAGAGGGAAGGGGAAGGAUUUCCUGUUUCCUGGAGGUGGGACCCAGGCGUCCGGGGCAGGAAGUGGGGGCGGGGAGGGCAUUUCCUGUUUCCUGGAGGUGGGACCCAGGUGUCCGGGAGGGGAGGGGAUUUCCUGUUUCCCCUUUCUUGUUUCCUGGAGGUGGGACCCAGGUGUCUGGGAGAGGAGGGAUUUCCUGUUUCCCCUUUCUUGUUUCCUGUUUCCCGUUUCCUGGAGGUGGGACCCAGGCGUCCGGGAGGAGUCAGGGGAUUUCCUGUUUCCCGUUUCCUUUCCCAUUUCCUGUUUCCUGGAGGUGGGACCCAGGCGUCCGGGAUGGAGGGGAGGGCAUUUCCUGUUUCCUGGAGGUGGGACCCAGGCGUCCGGGAGGGGGAGGGGAAUGGGGGAUUUCCUGUUUCCUGGAGAGGGAAGGGGAAGGAUUUCCUGUUUCCUGGAGGUGGGACCCAGGCGUCCGGGAGGGGGAAGGGAAUGGGGGAUUUCCUGUUUCCUGGAGAGGGAAAGGGAAGGAUUUCCUGUUUCCUGGAGGUGGGACCCAGGCGUCCAGGAGGGGGAGGGGAAUGGGGGGUUUCCUGUUUCCUGGAGAGGGAAGGGGAAGGAUUUCCUGUUUCCUGGAGGUGGGCCCUGCCGUCCGGGGCAGGAAGUGGGGGCGGGGAGGGCAUUUCCUGUUUCCUGGAGGUGGGACCCAGGUGUCCGGGAGGGGAGGGGAUUUCCUGUUUCCCCUUUCUUGUUUCCUGGAGGUGGGACCCAGGUGUCUGGGAGAGGAGGGGAUUUCCUGUUUCCCCUUUCUUGUUUCCUGUUUCCCGUUUCCUGGAGGUGGGACCCAGGCGUCCGGGAGGAGUCAGGGGAUUUCCUGUUUCCCGUUUCCUUUCCCAUUUCCUGUUUCCUGGAGGUGGGACCCAGGCGUCCGGGAUGGAGGGGAGGGCAUUUCCUGUUUCCUGGAGGUGGGACCCAGGCGUCCGGGAGGGAGGGGAAUGGGGGAUUUCCUGUUUCCUGGAGAGGGAAGGGAAGGAUUUCCUGUUUCCUGGAGGUGGGACCCAGGCGUCCGGGAGGGGGAGGGGAAUGGGGGAUUUCCUGUUUCCUGGAGAGGGAAGGGGAAGGAUUUCCUGUUUCCUGGAGGUGGGACCCACUUCCUAUUUCCUGUUUCCUGGAGGUGGGACCCAGGCGUCCGGGAGAGGGGAGGGGAAUGGGGGAUUUCCUGUUUCCGGGAGAAGGAAGGGGAAGGAUUUCCUGUUUCCUGGAGGUGGGACCCAUUUCCUCUUUCCUGUUUCCUGGAGGUGGGACCCAGGUGUCCGGGAACAGGAAGCGGAGGAAACAUUUCACUUCAUUUCAUUCUUAUUACCUUAUUUGACCUAUUGGUUUUAUUUUUAUUUCAUUUCUUUGAUUCUACUUAUUUCAUUUUUAGUUCAUUUCUUUCAUUCUACUUAUUUCAUUUUUAUUUCAUUUCUUUCAUUCUACUUAUUUCAUUUCUUUGAUUCUACUUAUUUCAUUUUUAUUUCAUUUCUUUGAUUCUACUUAUUUCAUUUUUAUUUUAUUUCUUUGAUUCUACUUAUUUCAUUUUUAUUUCAUUUCUUUGAUUCUAUUUAUUUCAUUUUUAUUUCAUUUCUUUGAUUCUACUCAUUUUAUUUCAUUUUUAUUUCAUUUUUAUAUUUCACUUUGAUUUCCUUUUAUCAUAUUAUUAUGGCUUUUUGCUGUUUUUCUUAUUUUUAUUUCCAUUCUUGCUUUUCAUUACUGUUGUUUUAUUAUCGUAAUUAUUAUUAUUAUAGCUGUUUAUUAUUAUUAUUAUUAUUAUUAGGUUUGUGGCAAUGCUCUCAUGAAAGUCUACCAGUCCCAAUUUUGGAAAAUGAUCAUCAUGAUCAGAGAGGAAUAUCUGCCAAGGUAUCUGCCAAUCAUCUCUAUAAUCAAAAUUUGCAUUUUCCCCGCAAAUUGAUUGCAAAAUUUGCAGUAAAUUAAUUCAGGUUUAUGGUCAAAAUUUGCAAUUUUCCCGCCGUUUGCUAUAAGUUGCAAUGGGAAUUUUAUUUCUUCUUUUAUUUCAUUGUGUUGAUUUUACUUCUUUUAAUUCCAUUUCAUUUUUAUUUAUUAUAUUUAUAUUUAUAUUUUAUUUAUUUAUUAUUAUUUAUUUUAUUUAUUACAUUUAUUAUAUUAUUUAUUAUUAUAAUUUAUUAUAUUAUAUUUUUCAUUUGGUAUACUUUUCGUUUUCUUUCUUUCCAUUUCAUUUUUAUAUAUUUUCUUUCCGUUUUAUUUAUUACGCUUUAUGUUUCAUUUGGUUUAUUUUAUUUAUGUUUUGUUUUAUUUAUUUUCCUUUCCUUUAAAUAAAACAAAACAUAAAUAAAAUAAACAAAAUGAAACAUAAAACGUAAUAAAUAAAAUAGAAAGAAAAUAUUUAUUUUCUUAUUUCUUAUUUCUUAUAUUUAUAUUUAUAUUAUAUUUAUUAUGUUUUAUUUUUCAUUUGGUUUACUUUUCGUGUUCUUUCUUUCCAUUUCAUUUUUAUAUAUUUUCUUUCUGUUUUCUUUAUUACGUUUUAUGUUUCAUUUGGUUUAUUUUAUUUAUGUUUUGUUUUAUUUAUUUUCCUUUCCUUUUUAUUUAAUUUAUUAUAUUUAUAUUUAUAUUAUAUUUAUUAUAUUUUAUUUUUCAUUUGGUUUACUUUUCGUUUUCUUUCUUUCCAUUUCAUUUUUAUAUAUUUUCUUUCUGUUUUCUUUAUUACGUUUUAUGUUUUAUUUUGUUUAUUUUAUUUAUUUUUUGUUUUAUUUAUUUUCCUUUCCUUUUUAUUUAAUUUCUUUAUAUUUUCUUUAUAUUAUUUAUAUUUAUAUUUUUCAUUUACUGUUCAUUUACUAUUUUACUUAUAUUUAUAUUUUUCAAUUACUAUUUGCUUACUAUUUUAUUUAUAUUUUUCAUUUACUGUUCAUUUACUAUUUUAUUUAUAUUUAUGUUUUUCAUUUACUGUUCAUUUACUAUUUUACUUAUAUUUAUAUUUUUCAUUUACUGUUCAUUUACUAUCUUAUUUAUAUUUUUCAUUUACUGUUUUAUUUAUAAUGGAUAAAAAAAAUAAAUAUAAUAAUAUAAUAAUAUAUAAUAUAAUAUAAUAAAUAAAUAAAAUUUACCAUUUUAUUUAUAUUUAUAUCUUUCAUUUACUAUUUGCUUACUAUUUUAUUUAUAUUUAUAUUUUUCAUUUACUGUUCAUUUACUAUGUUAUUUAUGUUUUUCAUUUACUGUUUUAUUUAUAAUGGAUAAAAAAUAUAUAUAUAAUAAUAUAAUAAUAUAUAAUAUAAUAAAUAAAUAAAAUUUACCAUUUUAUUUAUAUUUAUAUUUUUCAUUUACUAUUUAUUUCCUAUUUUAUUUAUAUUUAUAUUUUUUCUUGAUUUUGUUUCGUUCAUUUCUUUGAUUUCUUUCCUUUCGUUUCGUUUCACCGUUUUGCAAUUAAAAUCUCCCUCUUGAUCCCUGCAGGAUCCAAGAGAUCACCAGCGCUGGGCAAAUGGGAUCCUUCAUCCGGUUGAAGCAGUUUUGGAGGUAAAAUGAUUGCAAAUUAUUUGCAAAUUCUUCCAAAUUAUUGCAUUUGAAAUUAUUGCAUCUGAAUUACUGCAUUUGAAAUUAUUGCAUUUGAAUUUAUUGCAUUCGAAAUUUUUGCAUUUCAAAUUUUUGCAUUUGAAUUUAUUGUAUUUGAAAUUAUUGCAUUUCAAAUUUUUGCAUUUGAAAUUUUUGCAUGCAAAAUUAUUGCAUUCGAAAUUAUUGCAUCUGAAAUUAUUGCAUUAGGAAUUAUUGCAUUCAAAUUAAAUUUGAAAUUUUUGCAUUGGAAUUUAUUGCAUUCCAAAUUUUUGCAUUUGAAAUGAUUGCAUUUGAAAUGAUUGCAUUUGAAUUUAUUGCAUUUGAAUUUAUGGUAUUCGAAAUUUUUGCAUUUUAAAAUCAGAAUCAAAAUCUUCAUUUCAAAAUCAGAAACGGAAUCAUCAUUUUAGAAUUAGAAAGGGAACAGAAAUUUUCAUUUUAAAAUCAGAAACUGAAUCAAAAUCCUAAUUUUAAAAUCAGAAACUGAAUCAAAAUCUAGAUCUCAAAAUCAGAAACGGAAUCAAAAUCUUGAUUUCAAAAUAAAAAAUGGAAUCGAAAUCUUGAUUUCAGAAUCAGAAACGGAAUCAAAAUCUUGAUUUCAACAUAAAAAAUGGAAUCGAAAUCUUGAUUUCAGAAUCAGAAACGGAAUCAAAAUCUUGAUUUCAAAAUCAGAAACGGAAUUGAAAUCUUCAUUUCAAAAUCAGAAGCAGAAUCAAAAUCUUCACUUUAAAAUCAGAAAUGGAAUUGAAAUCUUAUUUUUAAAAUAGUGCCAAAUUUUCAUAAACAGAAAUCUCAUUUUAAAAUCAGAAACGGAGCCAAAACCUUCAUUUUAAAGUUAUGCCAAAUUUCCAGAAAUAGAAAUUCAUUUUAAAAUCAGAAACGGAAUUGAAAUCUUCAUUUUAAAAUUGGGGCAAAUUUCCAGAAAUAGAAAUCUUAUUUUAAAAAUCAGAAACUGAAUUGAAAUCUUAAUUUAAAAAUAAUGCAGCGUUUUCAGAAAUUGAAAUCUUAUUUUAAAAAUCAGAAACGGAAUCAAAAUCCUAAUUUUAAAAUCAGAAACAGAAUCAAAAUUCUCAUUUUAAUGUUAACGCUAAUAAUAAUAAUAAUAAUAAUAAUAAUAAUUUAAUUUGUAGAAUUUCAUUAUAAUUUCAUUUCCCUCAUUAUCAGGAUCGUUUUUCUUGGGAAUGUAAAACAGUAUUGAAGUGAAAUAAUAAUUAUAAUUAUAUUAUAUAUAUGUGUGUGUGUGUGUGUGUGUGUAUAAUUAUAAUAAUUAUAAGUUUAUUUGUAGAAUUUUAUUAUUAUUGUUAUUUCAUUUCUAUACUGCUUUACAUGAAAUUCUACAUGAAAUUAUAAUAAUAAUAAUAAUAAUAAUAAUAAUAAUAAAUUAAUUUGUAAAAUUUCAUUAUAAUUUCAUUUCCCUCAUUAUCAGGAUCGUUUUUCUUGGGAAUGUAAAACAGUACACAAAUGAAAUAAUUAUUAUAAUACUAAUACUAAUGUUAACGCUAAUAAUAAUAAUAAUAAUAAUAAUGAUAAUAAUAAUAAUAAUAAUAAAUUAAUUUGUAGGAUUUCAUUAUAAUUUCAUUUCCCUCAUUAUCAGGAUCGUUUUUCUUGGGAAUAUAAAACAGUAUCAAAGUGAAAUAAUAAUUAUAAUAAUUAUAUAUAUUAUAUAUUAUAAUUAUAAGAAGUUCAUUUGUAGAAUUUCAUUAUAAUUUCAUUUCCCUCGUUAUCAGGAUCGUUUUUCUUGGGAAUGUAAAACAGUAUCGAAGUGAAAUAAUAAUUAUAAUUAUAUUAUAUAUGUAUGUGUGUGUGUGUGUAUAUAAUUAUAAUAAUUAUAAGUUUAUUUGUAGAAUUUCAUGUAAAGCAGUAUAGAAAUGAAAUAAUAAUAAUAAUAAUAAUAAUAAUAAUAAUAAUAAUAAUAAUAAAUUAAUUUGUAGAAUUUCAUUAUAAUUUCAUUUCCCUCAUUAUCCGGAUCGUUUUUCUUGGGAAUCUAAAGCAGUACACAAAUAAUUAUUAUAAUACUAAUACUAAUGUUAACGGUAAUAAUAAUAAUAAUAAUAGUAAUAAUAAUAAUAAAUUAAUUUGUAGAAUUUCAUUAUAAUUUCAUUUCCCUCAUUAUCCGGAUCGUUUUUCUUGGGAAUCUAAAGCAGUACACAAAUGAAAUAAUUAUUAUAAUACUAAUACUAAUGUCAACGCUAAUAAUAAUAGAAAUGAUAAUAGAAAUGAUAAUAAUAAUAGUAAUAAUAAUAGUAAUAAUAAUAAUAAUAAUAAUAAUAAUAAUAACAAAUUAAUUUGUAGAAUUUCAUUAUAAUUUCAUUUCCCUCAUUAUCAGGAUCGUUUUUCUUGGGAAUCUAAAGCAGUACACAAAUGAAAUAAUUAUUCUAAUACUAAUACUAAUGUUAACGCUAAUAAUAAUAGUAAUAAUAAUAGUAAUGAUAAUAAUAAUAGUAAUAAUAAUAAUAGUAAUAAUAAUAAUAAUAAAUUAAUUUGUAGAAUUUCAUUAUAAUUUCAUUUCCCUCAUUAUCAGGAUCGUAUGUCUUGGGAAUCUAAAGCAGUACACAAAUGAAAUAAUUAUUCUAAUAAUAAUAAUAAUAAUAAUAAUAAUAAUAAUAAUAAUAAUAAUAAUAAACGAAUAUAAUAUAUUAGCAAUUAUUAAUAUUCAUCAUAAUAAUAAUAAUAACUUCCCUCCUCUCUUCCCAGGAAUCUUUGCGGCGGAACGAAAUCCCCCUCCCCAAGGGAUUCCUGCCCCCCUCCUUUUGGAGGUCGUGACUCCGCCCCCCGAAUUUCCCGGAACCUUCCGGAGCCGUUUCCGGGAAAGAAACCGACGGCGCCGAGAAAAAUCCAGAAUUUUCCCAAGGUGCAACGGGAAUUAUUCCGAUUAUUCAAAUUGGUCUAUUUUCCUCAAUUUCUGAACGUAAAUUUAAAAAUGUAA